AUGAAUAACUCCGCCAUCAUAACUAGCACCGCCGCCGAAGCUGCCGUCAAAUGCCGUAAAAAGCUCCACCGAUAUAAUCAGUAUCAGUCCUUGAUCCCUGGACUUCCUGAUAAUAUAGCUCAAAUUUGUCUAUCUCUUGUUCAAGAACCUUUGACUCUUUACUCCGUUUGUCAAUCGUGGCGCCGGCUUGUUUAUUCUCCUCUUUUUCCCCUUUUUUAUCCAGCGUAUAUUUCUGAAAGACCCUCGACUCUAGUGAAAAAUUCUGUUGAGUUUGCGAAUUUCGAUCCGAUUUCAGCAAAAUGGCAGUUGCUUCCUCCUCCACCACUUGACCCACCUCUACGUCUCCUUCUCCGCCACCUUCCUAUUCAAUCGGUUAGCAUUUCUGGCAAUUUAAUAAUCCUCAUCGCGACAACUAACCAUAUGCUCCGAGCCUUAUUCCGUCCCCUUGUGUUCAACCCGCUCACCCACAAAUGGACUUAUGGCCCCCCACUCGCGACCCCAAGACGCUGGUGCGUUGCAGGCGCGUCGCAGGGCGUGGUGUACGUCGCGAGUGGGAUUGGGUCCCACUAUAAUCUCGAGGUAGCUCGAACAGUUGAAAAGUGGGACCUCAAAAGUUAUAACAGUUAUAACCAACCACAACAUACUCAGUGUAAUUGUACAAGCGAAGUAAAAAAUAACAGUAACCAUCACCACCAACAACAACGUAAUAAUCCCACAUGUGGGGUUAAAAACAAGGGAUGGAAAUGGGAAAAACUGAGUGGUCUCAAAGACGGGAAAUUCAGUAGGGAAGCGAUUGAAGCAAUAGGUUGGAGAGAGAAGCUAUGUAUGGUAAACGUAAAAGGCGAUGCAGCAAAGGAAGGAAUAAUCUACGACAUCGAAAGCGACACGUGGCAGGAGAUGCCUGAGGGAAUGUUAGUAGGUUGGAGAGGUCCAACGGCUGCAAUGGAGGAGGAAAUAAUUUACACGGUGGAUGAAUCGAAAGGAGCAUUGAGGAAAUAUGAUCAAGAAAAUGAUAGUUGGAUUGAGAUUCUUGAGAAUGAGAUGCUUAAAGGUGAACAACAUAUGGCUGCUGCUGGUGGUAAAGUGUGCGUCGUUAAUGGCGGCGGUGAUGGGCUAGUAGUGGUGAAUGUGGUGGCAGAGCCUCCGAGUUUGGUGGUGGUGGAAACUCCGGUAGGGUUUCAGGUUUUGGAUGUACAUAUUUUGCCAAGGAUGAAUGUUGACUAGUUUUUUUUUUUUCUUUCAAUUUUUUUCAGGUAAAUUUGGGAUACUUGUCAAUUUUUUUGUUGGUUCUUUUAUGUCUCUUUACAUGAAUAUCUUUCUUAAUGGGGAAAAAUAUAUGUAUACAAUUUGACAUAAAUUCUCGCCAUAGAAAAAUGUGAACA